AUGGAGUCUCGGACGGAAUUUAAAAUAAAAUCUCCUCCGACCGAUGCCAUUUCGGCGGUGGAGUUCGGACCGAAUUCAACACAAUUCCUUCUUGUCUCUUCAUGGGACAGCACAGUUCGGUUGUAUGAUAUUCAUGCCAAUACUAUGAGAUUAAAAUAUAAUCAUGAUUUGCCAGUUCUAGACGUUGCAUUUCAGGAUGCUGUUCAUGCUUAUAGUGGAGGUUUGGGAAACACUUUGAAGAUGUACGAUAUCAAUAGCAAUUCUGAAUCAAUAAUGGGAACACAUGAUAAACCAAUUAGAAAAAUUGAAUAUUGUGCCGCGGUAAAUGCAAUAUUAACUGGUGGAUGGGAUGCUGCAGUAAAACUUUGGGAUCCUAGAACACCCACAUGCGUAGGUAGUUAUUUACAACCAGAUGUUGUCCUCGCUUUGUCCGUGUGCGGAGAUAAAUUUGUAGUUGGCACAGCCAAACGAAAAGUUUGUAUUUGGGAUCUGAGGAACAUGGCUGGCAUGUUUCAAAGACGUGAAAGUAGUUUGAAGUAUCAAACACGUUGCAUUAAAGGCUUUCCUAACGAGCAAGGAUAUGUUCUUAGCAGUAUAGAGGGUCGCGUUGCUGUUGAAUAUCUUGAUACUACACCAGAGGCACAAAAAAAGAAAUAUGCUUUUAAGUGUCAUAGGAUUAAAGAAAAUAACGUAGAACAUAUAUAUCCAGUGAAUGCCAUUAGUUUUCAUUCGACAUAUAAUACAUUUGCAACUGGUGGUUCGGAUGGUUAUGUAAACAUUUGGGAUGGUUUUAACAAAAAGCGCUUGUGUCAAUUUCAUAGAUAUAAUGCUGGCGUUGCUGCCCUUAGUUUUAGCCACGACGGUUCUGUACUUGCUAUAGGAGUAUCGUAUUUGAAUGAAGCUGAAAUUCCACCAGGAGGAAAAGAUGAAAUCGAAAUUUAUAUAAGAUAUGUAAACGACCAAGAAACCAAACCAAAAUAAUAUCAUAUUUAUGUAAAAUAAUUUUAUAUAAAAUAGUUGACAACAUUUCAAUUGUAUUCUGCUUUAUUAAAGCAGUAAAAAUUGGAUGUUGAUGACUUUCCAUAGAAUCUGAUCCUUUUAUAAUGUAUAUAUUUACAGUUGUGUAUUUUACACUUUUAUAAAUCAAUUGUAAACUAUACAGAAUAAAUAACCUGUUCAAAAUUAUUGGGCUAGUCAAAUUAUAAUAAAAUAUUUUUGUUUGUACAAAAUAUUAUUUAUUCAAUACAAUGAACCAAUUCAACGGUAUUUUACAAACAAAAUGUUAGCAUGUCUUAUUUUCAAAUAGUACGGUCGGCUCAAUUUCCAAACGAAUUUGACCGACCCCCAUAAUUUACUCUUCUUGUGUAA